UCAAGCUCACUGUACAAACAACCCAGACCCUCACAACAGGAUUCUCUCCUGUCUCCUCUGUGUAUGUGUGCUAACGAACUGCAAGCUGUUGAUUGCAGAGCCCUGUCCUACUGAUGGAGUACACUGGCUGGAGGCUUCAGUGAAGACAGGUCCUGUUCCAGAGGAGAGCCAGGAAGAGCCAUCGGAACAGGCCAUGAUCCCAGGAGAGGGAGACACAAUAGACCCAACUGGACUUCAUCACCAUCUCGCAAAUGAGAUCAUGCAUGGGGUGGAAUAACAAGCGAACUUUGCUCUGCGGCUGUGCAAGAAGUUGUUUUUGAGGAUUUGCCUCAGCUGUGGCUACAAAGCUGGACACGACCACCUGGACCCUUGAGUCUUCUUCCAGAACUACGUGUAAGGGAUUUUGCUGCUGAAAGUUUACAGCAUAAUGGUCCUUCAGCGAGUUCCUGCCCUCCUGCUUCUGUUGCUUGCAGCAUGUCUGCCUCCACCGCAGUGCGCCCAGGACCCUGCCAUGGUGCAUUACAUCUACCAGCGCUUUCGAGUCUUAGAGCAAAGGCUGGAAAAAUGCACCCAACUUACAAGGGCAUACGUUCAAGAGUUCCGAGAAUUUUCCAAGAACAUAAGCAUUAUGCUGGGCAAGUGUCAGACCUACACAAGUGAGUACAAGAGUGAAGUCAAUAACCUGGCACUGAGAGUGGAGCGUGCCCAACGGGAGAUCGACUACCUAGAAUACCUUCGAGAGGCUGACGUGUGCGUCGAAUCAGAGGACAAGACACUGGCAGAGAAGGUACUUCAAGAAGCUGAAGAGGAGAAAAAGAUCCAAACCUUACUGAAUGCAAGCUGCAACAACAUGCUGAUGGGAAUCAAGUCUCUGAAAAUAGUCAAGAAGACUGUGAACGCAGAAGGCGCCUGGAUGAAAGACACUGUUGGUGACUCUGCAAAGAUAUAUUUCUUAAUUGGAUCCAGAAACAGCACUGUUUGGGAAUUUGCAAACAUGCGUGCAUUUAUGGAAGACAGCAUCAAGCCAGCCCCUCGAAAGCUAAUCCUAACACUUGCCUGGCAAGGAUCAGGCCAAGUGGUCUACAAAGGUUUUCUUUUUUUCCAUAACUCCGGAACUACUAAUGAGAUUGUCAAAUACAACCUGCAGAAGAGGACUGUGGAAGAUCGAAUGCUGCUCCCAGGAGGGGCUGGCAGAGCACCAGCAUACCAGCACAACCCCUCCGUUUACAUUGACUUGGCUGUGGAUGAGCACGGGCUCUGGGCCAUCCACACAGGGCCAGGCACCCAGGGCCAUUUGGUUCUCACAAAAAUUGACUCUGGACCAAUGGGAGUGGAAUACUCAUGGGACACUCCAUGCAAAAGCCAGGAUGCUGAAGCCUCGUUCCUCCUGUGUGGGGUUCUCUAUGUGGUCUACAGUCCUGGGGGCCAGGGCCCUCAUCGCAUCACCUGUGUCUAUGAUCCGCUAGGCACUAUCAGUGAAGAGGACCUGCCCAACUUGUUCUUCCCCAGGCGGCCAAGAAGUCACUCUAUGAUCCAUUACAACCCCAGAGAUAAGCAGCUGUAUGCCUGGAACGAAGGGAACCAGAUCAUUUACAAACUACAGACGAAGAGAAAGCUGCCUCUGGAGUAACGCAUCAUCACAGCCUGGCAGGGCAGCGUGCUCAGCUUGGCAGCUGCUGUGUAGGACACUGAGGCCACAGCCCCUACACGAUGUAGUAUCUCCCUAGUGCUACACAGAACCAGGGUCUGAAAGUCGGAAUACAUAUCCAUCCUUUCCCAGAUGUCACUGCCGUUGGUGUCUUCCAAGAGCUUAGAUAAGAUUCUAUCACUUGGAAUUUUUCAGCAACAUCCAUUACUCAUCCAAGCCUCCUGCCUUUCAUGGAUUUCCACAGUCUGAUGCAAUUUCCUUCUAGCGUUUCUUGGUCGCCAGCAUUCCCUCUGACGCUGCCCUCCUUCCUGCCACAUUGAUGACUGUUUGCCACCCUAUAAUGUUCACUGGCAUCUCUCUCCUUUGGCCGUUGCUCAGGCUCAUUCCCAUGUGUCCAAUGCCUGUUGAUAUUCUCCCCUUUUUACUGCUCCACUAAAGUACUGCUUCUUAUGGAUGAUUAAUCUCUAUUUUCCCUAGCCCUGUCCUUCUGCCAAGCUAGGUGGAUAUAAUAACAUGGUAAAAACAUUAACAUUUGAAUACCAUUUUGCAGUUACUAAGUGUUUGCACAUCAUUUAAUUUUCAUCUCACCCUUGUAAGACAUGCACAGCAAAUCUUUAUAAUUGCCAUUUAACGAUGAGGAGCAUUUAGGUGAGUUAUUCAAAGUAACACAACUACGAGAUGAAAAAAAAAAAAAACCAGAAAAUAUUUCCCGAUUCACAGUCUUUCCAUUGCCCAAGGAAGCAUCAAAUAUGUAUGUAUGUUCACCCAGCCUUUCAUAAUCAAUGUGUUCAUCAGUUCAGCCUAAAAAUAACAGGCUGUCUCUCUAGUCAGUUUUCAUGUCUGCAUUCAACCUGCCAAUAGGCCUUUGAAAAGCCACUUCCCCCAGAAAACCUGUGUAAGGGUUAAGAUCUCACCUCUAGCCUCAUCCUGUCUUACUGCCUAUCCCCUGCUUCUCUUUUCUAGCUUUAAAUGCAAUCAAAAUGGCAAUAAGCCAAUAACCUCAUCAGGUUAUAUUUGUGUCCAUACCCUCAGCAUAAAAACUUUCAGCGAGCACUGCCUGCGUUGCCUCUCCAGUGAACAGUACCCCCACACCAAGGCCUUUGGUAAAUAUUAUGAAAUCUGGAGGAGGGCCAGAUCCCAGGCCAGUGGCUGCCACGGCAGGUGUGCCGCGUGGCACAGAGGGCAGUAUGCCUCUCCAGAGGGGCUUCUUCAAAGUGUUUCCCACGUGUGUGUCUGUUUCCGCUGAGUGCAGGUCACAAGUGCAGACCGCGGUGCGUGUGUGUGUCUUUGGCAGAGGCCUCUGUCUUUCCAGGUUGGUCACAUGAGAGAGGAUUUGCUUUGUGUGCUUGCAGCUGUUUUCCCUUCUUUGCCAAGCCCAGGCUGGGACAGGGGAAAGGAAGAAAAGUUCAGUUUUGUUUGUAGCAGCCUGGUGGGAAGAAUGGAAUCGCUCAACUUAUGGAUAUACAUAAUUACCUACAGUUCUUAGUACAGUGGCACAGAACGCCCAAGUCCUUUGUGGAAUGAGGCACACAUGAAUAAAUGAAUGAGCUGGCACCUGCAUCUUAGGUUCAGAGACAUUACCUACUCCCUAGGUAAAACAACAUUAUCAUUUGUGUGGGUGCCAGGAAUGUGGCCUGAUUGGGUAAGGGAGAUGGAGUGGCGUUAUCAACUGGGUAAGUCCUUCCUUGAGAGGCACAGAGAAUGCCUGUCAUGUACUGUCUGGCUUCUGUCUGUGACAGGCUUUGAUUUGACAGUUCUGCAGGGCAUACCUGCCCCUGACAAUUCACCCUGGUACUGUAAAUCCCUACAGCUAGAACUUUCUAGGUUACAGCAUCUCCUCCAGGAAGCCCUUGCUAAUGUGCCACUCACUCCUGGGGAGUGGGACAGGUCAGCAUUGCAGGCUUGAGGGCACCUGCUGGGUCUCUUUCAAGUGAACUUUCAGCUUUGAUGUCUCCUGUUGUAUUUAAGAAUUGACACCUUUGCCACCUGCACCAAUUCUUAAAAUAAGAAUCACCUGAUCCUGUUCAUGCCCAGACCACACCCCUAAAUCAUUAAAUCAGGACCUCUGGCAGUGGGAUCUAGUAAUUUUUUUCAAGCCUUCUCAAGUGCAAAUAAGCUUGAGUCCACGAGUUAACAAAACUUCCA